AUGUCUGAUUUGGAAACCGUAGCUAAAUUUCUGGCCGAAUCAGUUGUUGCUUCUACCGCUAAAGCUUCUGAAAGAAAUUUGAAGCAGUUGGAGACGCAAGAUGGGUUCGGUUUAACUUUAUUACACGUUAUUGCUUCCACAAACCUGCCCCUAUCUACCCGAUUAGCAGGUGCUCUGUUCUUCAAAAAUUUUAUUAGGCGGAAGUGGGUAGAUGAAAACGGUAAUCAUUUACUACCCGCUAACAAUGUAGAACUGAUCAAAAGGGAAAUCGUUCCUUUAAUGAUAAGUUUGCCAAACAAUUUGCAGGUCCAAAUAGGGGAAGCGAUUUCAAGUAUUGCAGACUCUGAUUUUCCUGACAGGUGGCCUACACUUUUAAGUGAUUUAGCUUCCAGAUUGAGUAACGAUGAUAUGGUAACAAAUAAAGGCGUUCUUACCGUGGCACAUUCUAUUUUCAGAAGAUGGAGACCUUUAUUUAGAUCUGAUGAACUUUUUUUGGAGAUUAAAUUGGUUCUUGACGUGUUUACCACUCCAUUUUUGAACUUAUUGAAAGCGGUUGAUGAACAAAUAGCAGCAAAUGAAAAUAACAAGGCAGUUCUAAAUAUUUUAUUUGACGUAUUGCUUGUAUUAAUUAAACUAUACUACGAUUUCAAUUGCCAAGAUAUACCGGAAUUUUUUGAGGAUAAUAUUCAGGUAGGUAUGGGUAUAUUCCAUAAGUAUUUGUCAUAUUCAAAUCCUUUAUUGGAAGACCCUGAUGAAACUGAACAUGCUUCUGUUCUAAUAAAAGUAAAGUCUUCUAUCCAGGAAUUGGUUCAAUUAUACACGACAAGAUAUGAAGAUGUCUUUGGACCUAUGAUCAAUGAAUUUAUUCAAAUUACCUGGAAUCUUUUGACUUCAGUUUCAAACCAACCAAAAUACGAUAUUCUAGUAUCCAAAUCUUUGUCAUUUUUGACUGCGGUAACUCGUAUCCCAAAAUACUUUGAAAUUUUCAACAACGAAUCUGCCAUGAAUAAUAUCACAGAACAAAUCAUUUUGCCAAAUGUUACGCUACGUGAGGAAGAUGUUGAGCUUUUUGAAGACGAUCCGAUUGAAUACAUUCGUAGAGAUUUGGAAGGUUCAGAUACCGACACUAGAAGAAGGGCAUGUACUGAUUUCUUAAAGGAGUUGAAGGAGAAAAAUGAAGCAUUAGUGACAAAUAUUUUUUUGGCGCAUAUGAAAGGGUUCGUUGAUCAAUAUAUGAGUGAUCCAUCCAAAAAUUGGAAAUUUAAGGAUCUUUAUAUUUAUCUAUUUACUGCAUUGGCCAUUAAUGGUAAUAUUACCAACGCUGGUGUUUCAUCCACAAACACUUUAUUGGAUGUGGUGGAUUUUUUCACAAGGGAAAUUGCCCCGGAUCUUACUUCGAACAAUAUCCCUCAUAUUAUUUUGAGGGUGGACGCUAUCAAAUAUAUCUACACAUUCAGGAAUCAGUUGACCAAGGCUCAACUGAUUGAGCUAAUGCCCAUUUUGGCCACUUUCUUACAAACAGAUGAAUAUGUUGUUUAUACGUAUGCUGCCAUUACUAUUGAAAAAAUUUUAACUAUUAGAGAAUCAAAUACGUCGCCUGCUUUUAUCUUUCAUAAGGAAGAUAUUUCGAAUAGUACCGAAAUUCUUUUGAAAAAUCUCAUUGCAUUAAUCUUGAAGCAUGGCAACUCCCCCGAAAAAUUAGCUGAAAACGAAUUUUUAAUGAGAUCAAUCUUUAGGGUCUUGCAGACGUCAGAAGAUUCCAUUCAACCCUUAUUUCCUCAGUUGUUGGCUCAAUUUGUUGAAAUUGUAACCAUAAUGGCAAAGAACCCAUCAAACCCAAGAUUCACCCAUUACACUUUUGAAUCUAUUGGUGUCAUCUUGAACUAUACUCAAAGACAAAACUUACCAUUACUUGUAGACUCUAUGAUGCCAACAUUUUUAACCGUUUUCUCCGAAGAUAUUCAAGAAUUUAUUCCGUAUGUGUUCCAAAUCAUUGCAUUUGUUGUUGAGCAGUCCGCAACAAUUCCGGAGAGCAUCAAGCAGUUGGCACAACCUUUAUUAGCACCAAACGUAUGGGAGUUGAAAGGUAAUAUUCCUGCCGUGACAAGGUUAUUAAAGAGUUUUAUAAAGACAGAUUCAUCUAUCUUCCCCGAUCUAGUCCCUGUUUUAGGUAUUUUUCAAAGAUUGAUUGCGUCAAAAGCCUAUGAAGUCCAUGGGUUUGACUUAUUAGAGCACAUAAUGCUUUUAAUCGACAUGAAUCGCUUAAGACCAUAUGUUAAACAAAUCGCAGUUUUAUUAUUACAAAGAUUACAGAACUCUAAAACAGAAAGAUAUGUUAAGAAAUUAACGGUAUUUUUUGGUUUGAUAUCUAAUAAGUUAGGCUCUGAUUUUUUGAUUCAAUUUAUUGACGAGGUGCAAGAUGGGCUCUUUCAGCAAAUUUGGAGUAAUUUCAUUAUUACCACGUUACCUACUAUUGGUAAUCUACUAGAUCGUAAAAUUGCAUUAAUCGGUGUUUUAAACAUGGUUAUAAACGGCCAAAUCUUCCAAAGCAAAUAUCCAACUUUGAUUUCAAGCACAAUGAAUUCCAUUAUAGAGACAGCAUCAUCACAGAGUAUUGCAAACUUGAAAAACGAUUUUGUUGACUUAGAUAAUUUGGAGGAAAUCUCCACGUUUGGUUCUCAUUUCAGCAAGCUGGUCAGUAUUAGCGAGAAACCAUUCGAUCCUUUGCCUGAGAUUGAUGUCAACAAUGGCGUGAAAUUAUACGUUGCUGAAGCACUAAACAAAUACAAUGCUAUGUCUGGAAAUACAUUUUUAAAUACAAUUUUGCCUCAAUUGACUCAGGAAAAUCAAGUAAAAUUGAAUCAACUAUUAAUUGGUAAUUAA